ACAAAGUACCUACCUCAAACAAUCCAAAAUAUAAACAUUUUUGUACCACAGUUUUUUUUAACUUAUUUUAUAACUAUGACUACAAUAAGCACGAGGGCGAAGUCCCCAACACGCGCUGAGGCAAUUGCCAGGGCUCUUAGACCUGGCCCCGUCUAUUGCACUGGAGUACUUCUAGGAAAUUGGGUUGAGGACCGAAUUGAGUGCCCCAAAGGUGGUACGCUUUAUUUUCCACCCAAAGAGGAGAUCGAUGUGAAAUUAAAACCAGAAUCAAGACAACCGGAUUUCCGGUUAAAUAAAUUAAAUGGUUUGCAGGGCAAUGUGAACGCUAUAAUCCGUCACGAUAGCCACGACGACUGCGGCAACUUCGCCACUACCUCCGACGUGGUCUACAACCAUCUGCCUAAACCGCUGUGUGGACCCAUCCAACGCUAUUACAGACGCAGCAAACACCAGUUCUACCCGCAGCCAGACCUUAUGAAAUGCUUCGGCAACGUAACAGAAUGGGGUCUGAAGAAAUUUAUGGAACACGAGUGGAAGUGUACCGAUGUGUCAGACUAUUCGUCGACCUUGUAUGAAGACACCUACGUGCCGCCGAGGCCUCAUCAGUACUUGCAGCGGUGCGAAAGAAAAGCGAGGAAUUCGAGCUUCACAAAAAGUUUUCGCUACAAGAUGGCAAAAUCAAAAUAAUGAUAACAUCAAGAAUCAUUUUUCUUUACUUUUUGCAAAAAUUACUAGUCUUUAAAUAUCACAUUUUGUUCGAGAAAGGACAGUGACGUCCGUGUAAAAAUUGUAACAAUACAAUAAUUCUUAAUGCUUUCAUAUAAUAUGGCCGUCACUCGGCCCAACAAGAGAUCAGCAGAUACACUUACAGCUAGGUUCACUCAUCCAUUACAACUAAUAAUAACCGCUUACAACUAAUGAAAGUGAUAUAAUAUAACUUAACAAAGUAUCCUUAUGAUAAUGGCAGUUCCUGA